AUGGAAAUGCUAGAACAGUGUUGUCGCACAUCCGAUUCGAAUCAAACGGAGAUCACUUCGGGUGAAUUGAACCGUGCGGACGUAGCACCACAUCGUGGAUUUAAUCUGAAGGCCAGAGAGGUACUUCUAGAGCCUUUGCCACCAUUUGCCGUAACCGCUAAGGAACCGAGCCAUGAAACGAGUUCAGCCAGUAGCGCUUGCAGUCCAAUCGCGCCUCAUCGAGGUUUCAGUGCUAAAGCAAAAGAAAUGCUAAUAGAACGCGAUUUUUCUUGGCCUAUUCCACCAAAACCAGCUCAAGUUUUACUACAUCAAUUGCUCAUAAUAAGUUUCGAGCAAUCUCAAGUUCAAAUUUUUAUCGAAAUCGCCUUAGCGCAACAAACAACUCGAGGAAUGAAAUUUUAUCAAAACACCUUAGAUUUUCCAACAUUUUCAACAACACAGAAUUUUCCAUCAACUUUUUGCCAUAACGACUAUGCAGAAUUUGAAAAUUAUUCUGUGAUGGCAAAGUUAAAAAAUGAACCAGAGCGCCAGAAACAAGCUCAAAUAAAAGCCAGCAACAGCAAUAUAAGCCUAAACUUGAAUUCGGUCAAUCCGAUUUCUAGUAAAGGAUUCGAUGAAACGGUCGAAUUUAUGCAUUCCAAAGCUUCAAGAAUUAAGGCUCGUGUGCUGCUUGGCGAUAUAGGGAAGACACGGUCUGCUAUAGAUCUCUAUCAACGACAAAGAAAAGAUCGUCCAUUGUUUAAAGUAUAUCAACAAGAUGACAUGAUGUGA